AGCCCAGGGCGUGGAAAAUAUGAUUUCUAUAUUAGUUUGGGAUUGGCUAUGACCUCCAGCAUUUUCAUAGGAGGGAGUUUCAUUUUGAAAAAAAAAAAAAGGCCUUCUGCGACUUGCCAGAAAAGGAUCCGUGAGAGCAGGUCAAGGUGGCCAUGCAUAUCUUAAAGAACGGUUGUGGUGGGCUGGACUACUGUCAAUGGGGGCAGGCGAGGUGGCCAACUUCGCUGCAUAUGCCUUUGCACCAGCCACGCUAGUGACUCCGGGAGCUCUCAGCGUCCUCGUAAGUGCCAUUCUUUCUUCAUACUUUCUAAAUGAAAGACUUGAUCUUCAUGGGAAAAUUGGAUGUUUGCUAAGCAUUCUAGGAUCUACAGUUAUGGUCAUCCAUGCUCCAAAGGAAGAGGAGAUUGAGACGUUACAUGAAAUGUCACACAAGUUAGGUGAUCCAGGUUUUGUGGUAUUUGCAACAAUUGUGGUCAUUGUGUCUUUGAUAUUAAUCUUUGUGGUGGGACCUCGCCAUGGACAGACAAAUAUUCUUGUGUACAUAACAAUCUGCUCUGUGAUUGGAGCAUUUUCAGUGUCCUGUGCAAAGGGCUUGGGCAUCACCAUCAAAGAACUGUUAGCUGGAAAGCCUGUGGUGCGGCAUCCCCUGGCCUGGGUUCUGCCUCUGAGCCUCCUCAUCUGUGUGAGCACACAGAUCAAUUACCUAAACCGGGCCCUGGACAUAUUCAACACUUCCCUUGUAACACCAAUAUAUUACGUUUUCUUUACAAGUAUUCUUUUUAAGGAGUGGCAAGAUAUGCCUGCUGAUGAUAUCAUUGGGACUCUGAGUGGCUUCUUCACAAUCAUUGUGGGGAUAUUCUUGUUGCAUGCCUUUAAAGAUGUCAGCUUUAGUCUAGCAAGUCUGCCUGUGUCUUUUCGAAAAGAUGAUAAAGCAAUGAAUGGCAAUCUCCCUACUAUGUAUGAAGUUCUUAAUAAUAAUGAAGAAAGCUUAACCUGUGGAAUUGAACAACACACUGGUGAGAAUAUCUCACGGAGAAAUGGAAAUCUGACAGGUUUUUAAGGUGCGAUUUAAAGGUUAAAUUAUGUUAUAGUGAUUUUGAAUAUCAGAAUCUGUCUGAAAAAGCAUUGUCCUCAAAUAAUGUUCUCUAAAGACAAUCUUUUUUAAGUUUUCACUAAUUUGGACCAAGAAGUUACUUUUCUUAUAUUUAAACAAUGGUAGCUCACUAAAAAUGGCCUCAGUAUGUGGCCAAUUUCUAUUAACAUUGUAUAAUUGUAGAGGUAUUUUACAUUUUGAUUCUUUCUUCAAAAUCUAAAUGCACUAAUGACAAGUUUUAAGUCUAUAAAAAUGCUUUAUUUUUUCACUAUUGAUGAAAGUCUGAAAUGUACAUUUGUCAUUCCCACUCCAAUCAAUCCCUGAUCAUGUAAGGCUUUUUGAUUGUAAACAAGAACAAAACUAUCCCAAUACAUUAUCCUCUGAUUUAUCUUACCUAUAAAAAAAUAAAUAAAAAAUAUAUUUUUAGUUGUUAA